ACUUCAGCGACUUCCCCGAAGGAGGCGCUGCCGGCGCCGCCGCCGAGGCGCCCGGAGCCCCAGGAGUGGAAGAGGAGGAGGAGGAGGAGGGAAGGGAAUCCUUACAACCACGACUUCAGCAUGACCAUCUCCAUGACGGUGAUCUACAUCCUGAUCACGAUCACGGGGGUGCUCGGCAACGUGGCCACCUGCAUCGUGAUCGUGCGGAAUCGCAUCAUGCACACGGCCACCAACUACUACCUCUUCUCGAUGGCCAUCAGCGACCUCCUGCUGCUGGCCUUCGGCAUGCCCGAGGAGAUGUACCUGCUGUGGUGGGGCCCGCCCUACGUCUUCGGCGCCGAGUUCUGCUUCAUCCGGGGCUUCACGGCCGAGAUCUCCACCAACGCCUCCAUCCUGACCAUCGCCGCCUUCACCGUCGAGCGCUACAUCGGCAUCUGCCACCCGCUGAGGUCGCACACCAUGUCGCAGUUGGGGCGCGUCAUCCGCUCCAUCGCCGUCAUCUGGGCGGUGGCCACGGCCUGCGCCGUGCCCAUCGCCAUCCAGUACGGCAUCGUGUACAUGCCCGCGCCCGACGGCAAGGCCGCCGACCCGAGCACUGCGACCUGCACCAUCAAGAAGCGGCUGAGCUGGGUCUUCGAGAUCUCGUCGCUGCUCUUCUUCGUGGCGCCCAUGCUGCUCAUCACCGUGCUCUACGCCUGCAUCGCCGUGCAGCUGCAGCGCUCGGCUCGCAUCGCUCGGUCCGUGCCCUCCAUCGACUCCCACAACUGCUCGUCCACGAACGACGGGUCUCGGAACAAGGCCGUCAUCAAGAUGCUAGUGGCGGUGGUGAUCGCCUUCUUCGUGUGCUUCGCGCCCCACCAGGCCCAGCGGCUGAUGGCCAUCCACGCAGACCCCAAGAGCACGGUGGCCCAGAAGCUCUUCAACGUCCUCUACAACAUCUCCGGGAUCUCCUACUACAUCUCCACCUGCGUCAACCCCAUCCUCUACCACAUCAUGAGCAACCGCUUCCGACAAGCCCUGCAGGUGACAUUAGAGAGCUGCUGUGGCAGACACCCCGGAGCAGGCGGAGGUAGGUGGUACCAGCCCACACGCUCUCAACAAAACCACAUCCUUGAACUUACAGACCAUACUUUCGUCUCCGAGGCCACCACUGUGGCGGCCGUCGGCGGCGGCGGCUCCUCCAAGGGGGCCAGCCCCCACCACCCCGCCCAGUACCCUCCUCAUCCUCCUCCUCCUCAUCACCAUCAUCCAUCCAGCACCGCCAAGAAGACCAACAUCAUCAUCCAGGAACUCAACGGCCUCCGGAAAGGCAGCAGCGGUGGCAAGAGGCGAUUCCUGGUUUCCUCCUCCGUCGUCCUCGAAGUCCUCGAAGUCCUCCUGGGGGGGGAUGGGAUUAGGCCGCCGGGGGAUCUCCAGAUUCAGACCCCUCUUCAAGCCCUACGGCAGAGCAGCAGCAGCAGCAGGCAGCCGGAAGUGAUCGAGAACCCCAUAGACACUUACGUGGCGGCCAAUAACAGCUCGACGACUCAACAAGGAAGAGGGUCUCGGAAACGGAGCCAAUCCGACAGCCUCCUCAGCGGGGGAUCGAUCAGCAACUGCUCGAUGACCCACGUGGAGCAGGAGUUCACUCAGAAGGAGCUGGCCGAGGUCAUGGGGCGCAUGAAGAACAUGGAGAACAAUCUGGAUGUCUGAGAGAGAGAGAGAGAGAGAGAGAGAGAGAGAGAGAGAGAGAGAGCUGCUGACGCAACGGCGGAGGAACGAGAGAUGUCGCGAAUGUCAAUUAAGACGAAGAAUAUAAACACCUUGACUUGAGGAAUCAGAACGUCUGAGACAAUCAUAAUAAUCACAAGAACUGCGACGUUACGAUGAUAACGAAGAAUAUAAAUGAAAACGAAAUACAAAAAAACACACACUUCCAACGCCAGGACCAGGAAAAAAACGAUGACGGCGCAGCAGAAGCAGAAGCAGCAGCAGCAGCAACAGAAAUAGACGGUCCUCCGUUUCAAACCAGACGUCGACCACCAAGCUUUUAUUUUCGCGACGACGCGAAUGUUAAACCAGAUCAAAAAAGAUUCACGUGAAAGGACGGACGGAGAUCAUUCCCGUUAAAGGAAAUGAGUCAUUACUGAGCUAUUAUUAUUAUAAUUAUUAUUAUUAUUAUUAUUAUUAUUAUUAUUAUUAUUAUUAUUAUUAUUAUUAUUACUAUUACAUUAAUACUUCUACGGGAGUCUGAUUCAGUCAGUAGUUCGUGUGAGAGUAGUAUUACAUUAUUAACAAGACGAUUCUCAAGUAGAUUAGCUUACUUCUCUCACUCUCUAUGAAAACUUAUAUAAAGUAAUUCAUAUAUAUAUAUUCCAUAUUCUAUGUACCAUGUUUCAUUAUACAAAUACAU